UCCAGUGAUGACUGAUGAGCAAACAAACACGUGUGUAGUGGUUGUACAUAAAGCUGCUUCUCACAUUCUCAGUCACACUUGAGAGAGAAUCUCCUUUAGCUGUAGCGCCGUCGAUUUUGGAAUCUCAGUUUCUUUUCCGAGAAAGAGUGCGAAAAUUUUUCUAAGAAAUGCGGACUCUACCGCUAGGAGUCUCACUGGUAUCCCCUACCACCACCACAAGCACAGCCACCCCCAUUAAUUCUCCUCUCACCACCAUCAAGAAACCGUCUAGGGUUUCUAAUUUCCCCAAAUCAGGGAUUUGCAGAGCCAGUCAGGUGGUUGAGCUAUUUCCAACAGUGUUGCCCGAGAUUGUCGUUCGGGAGGCCAGGUUAGAGGACUGUUGGGAAGUGGCUGAGACUCAUUGCAGCUCCUUUUUCCCUGAAUAUUCCUUCCCUUUAGACUUUGUCUUGAGGAUUGACAGGCUGUUGGCAAUGUUUGCGGGUUUCUCUCUACCAAAUGGUUGCAGGAGAACUUGUUUGGUGGCUGUCAUCGGUGGCUCUGCUGAUGAUACCUUCUUCCUCGGGAGUGAAGAUUUCAAAAUUGGAGGUUUUGAUGGGAAAUUCAGUUUUAACAAGGGGUAUGUAGCUGGGAUAUUAACAGUGGAUACUGUUGCUGAUUUUCUACCAAGGAAAGGCCCGCUUCGCCAAAGAAGGAGUGGAAUUGCUUACAUAUCAAAUGUUGCAGUUCGGGAGACAUUCAGGCGCAAGGGGAUAGCCAAAAGGCUUAUAGUAAAGGCAGAGGCUCAAGCUAGAAGCUGGGGCUGCAGAGCAGUUGCACUGCAUUGUGAUCUGAACAACCCUGGGGCUACGAAAUUGUACAAAGGCCAAGGUUUCAAAUGCAUCAAGGUGCCAGAAGGAGCAAAUUGGCCCCAACCCAAAACCUCUCCAGAUAUCCAGUUCGGCUUUAUGAUGAAGCUCCUAAACACCUCUAGUGCUGCUUAGAUUCUAUAGAAAUAUACAAAACAUUGAACAGGCAGAAAAAGAAAAAAAUUUGAAAGUGCAUGCCAAAUUGGGACAUCGAGAUUAACUUGUAUAUAUCUAAACUGUAUUCAUGAUGCUUACAGUGCUUAUACUGUAUCAAUAACUUCUCAAUUUGUGUGAUAACUUCUCAAUUUGUGUGAUAAUUGGCUAAUUUUCUUUCCAAGCUAACGAAGGUUUUGUUGUAUU